AUGCUCAGCAACCUUGACUUUGCGAUUGACGCUCUGUCAGUCAUCACUGCGAGUGGACUGCUGAUCGCAGGAACCACACCACCCGCACGAGCGCCGAGCGCCAAGUCCAAGGCGAAAAAGAAGGCUGGCAAGGCGGAAGGGAAUGGAGAGCCAGAAGACUUGAUUCGCAAGCUGGGACUCACCAGUCUGGAGCGCCUCUUCCAUGCUCUGUUGUUUGUGCUCACUGCGCUGCACAUCAGGUCACUGUGGAGAGCUAAUCACGGCAGUGGACGCAGUUUGGAGCUGUGGGUGGAAAGCAAGGAUCAAGGUCGAUAUAGGCUGGCUUGCGCCCUCGUAGCUGCUGGAGGUGCGGGUCGUCUCUGGUGCUAUCAGACGCUGGGCAAAAGCUUCACAUUCGAUCUUGCUGUGCAGUCGGGACAGAAGGUGCGUACUGACAGCGGGAUGAUUGUGCAAAGGGACGCUCUAGUUGAGUAGGAGCUGCGUAUAUGCGCGCAGGUCAUCACUACGGGGCCGUACGCUUUCGUCAGGCAUCCCUCCUACACCGCCAUCUUGGUUGCGGUGCUUGGUGCUUCCUUUCUCCACGGGCCCUAUGCGCCGUACACCACGCCAGCCUGGCGACUUGCAGCUUUGAUCCUGGCUGUGGUCAACGUCACACUCACAGGGGUGCGUAGUCUCGUGGUCCCGCCCAUCUCUUCCACGCUCCUCCUGCGCCUCUCUGACCCAGCAAUGAUAUCAUAUCUUGUCAUCUGCUUCAGGCUCUGGUCGUGAGGCGAAUGGAUGACGAAGAGCGUAUGAUGCUCAAGAGCGAGCAGCUGGGCAAAGUGAGUAGGAGCAGCGUCAGACAACGCGAGACGCGCAGCGCGCUGACGUCGAUGCUUUCUUCACGGAUGACUUUCAAGGAUUACUUGGACGUGAGAGUUGCAAAUUCUGACCGCAAGAUGCACAGCAUCAGCAUGUUCUCGAGCUAACCUCUGGCCGCCUUUGACUUUCCUCGCAGUACAUGGUAAAGACCCCGUCUCGCCUGUGGCCGACAGCGUACUGA